CGGCAAGAGGCCAAGGUAGGUACCUACCUAACCCAGAAUUAUUAGAGUUGAAGUUGGAUCGAUCUUGACUUGACGUAUUUUUCAGCCUUACGAGAUAUUUCUGGUUCCAUGUUCCAUACAUCACACGUGUGCAUCUACAUUACAGAAAUACCUAGUCGAAUUCUAAAUCAAUUCCUCGUGUAUGCAGAGAGCAAUUCUUCCUUCUCCUUAUACUAUACCUCUUUUUUUAUUACUACGCGACCCAAACUUAUUACUCUCCUAUACUCUCCCUUAACAUGUCUCUACCACCCCGCAUCACAGUUGAGAACCUCCCAGACCUCCUUAAGGAUGAUACCAAGGUGAAGCUGGCAGGAGUAGACGUCGAUGGAAUGCUACGAGGGAAGAUCGUAUCCAAAAAGAAGUUCCUCUCCAUAGCCAAAGAAGGUUUUGGGUUUUGCAGUGUCAUCUUCGGUUGGGAUAUGCACGAUAGGACCUAUGGAAAGGAACUCAAGAUUAGCAACAAGCAGAAUGGUUAUCGCGACUUGAUAGCUGUACCCGAUCUGAAUAGCUUCCGGCGCAUUCCCUGGGAAGACGAUGUUCCCUUCUUCCUAGUUAGCUUCUUCGACGACGACGCAAAGCCUGUAUGCGCCGAUCCGCGCGGACUGCUUAGAACUACCGUAGAAAAGCUGCAAAAGAAGGGCUACGAUGCCAUGGCAGGAGCCGAAAUCGAGUUUUUCCAAUUCAAGAUACCUUCUUCGAAUUCCUCGACCACAGACUCGCCCUCUCCUUCGGUCGCUUCGUAUCUUAACAGCCACCCGCCACAUGCGCUGCCCCCCUUGACUGAGGGUAUGUUCGGAUAUAGCAUUACGCGGCCGACGCUAAAUAAGUCUUACUAUCACGGGGUAUAUGAUUCAUGCGCCAAGUUUAGGUGCGACCUGGAAGGUUGGCAUACCGAGAGCGGACCUGGUGUCUACGAGGCGGCAUUGGAAUUUGGACAAAUCUCAGAGACGGCCGAUCGGGCAUCUCUCUUCAAGUACGUCGUUAGAUCGGUUGCGAGCGAAUACGGAAUUACGCCCUGUUUCAUGGCGAAACCUCAGCACGGUCUGCCGGGGAACAGCGGGCAUACCCACGUGUCUGUCGUGGAUAAGGAUGGCAAGAACCUAUUCUUCCGCGAGGAGAAGGACGAGAAUCCAAAGUACCCUGACAUUGCCCAUCUCAGCGAUCUUGGGAGACAUUUUCUUGCGGGCAUCUUGGACGGCUUACCUGAUGUCAUGCCGAUGCUUGCGCCUACUAUAAAUAGCUAUAAGCGGUUGGUUGAGAAUUUCUGGGCCCCCGUGACCGUCUCCUGGGGCCUGGAACACCGUGCUGCAUCUGUCCGACUUAUCGCACCUCCUACUUCUAAGCCUGGGGCAACGCGAUUUGAGGUCCGUGUACCAGGUGCCGAUGCGAACCCUUACUUUGUCAUGUCGGCUAUCCUAGCUCUCGGAUGGCGCGGCGUAGAGAAGAAACUUGAGAUCCCGAUUCCUCCUCUCGGCAAGGGUCAGGAUGUGGGGGACCUGGCCGAUCAAGGUACUCGCCUCGCGAGAAACUUGAGGGAAGCUACCGACAGAUUCAUGAGCCAAAAUAGCAUCGCUCGCGAAGUUUUCGGUGACGACUUUGUAGAUCACUUUGGAGGUACCAGGGAAAACGAGAUACGACUUUGGGAUGAGGCGGUAACGGAUUGGGAGCUGAAACGAUACAUAGAAACGGUAUGAGGUAUAGGUAGAACAGGGCUUUUGUUUUGGAUUGGAUGUAUGAUAUCCUGUAGAAUAGCCGUAGAACUAACCUGCCAUUCCUAUUGUCACGCCGUAGGGUAAAUUUAAAUCCUUUCUUGAAACUGUAAACUGUGUUUGGCCGGUAAAAAUGCUUGCGAUGACGGUGUUUAUCCUGAGCAGCUAGGAUCUCCCAAUAUUCUUCCCCGCAAUGUAUCAUAUUUAGGUGGUUAGUUCGGAAUCAAAACGUGAACCUUACCGGCGUGUUUCUCUUAGUGGAAGCUAAUUGAAAGUGUAGUGGAAGAUUUUCAAAUGUAAAGCAUGAAAUAUAUCCCUACAUAGGUGUGAGAUUCGUCCAAGUAGAGCGGGGUUUGGCUGACGAAGGGUACUUGGAUACUAUAGAAAAUCAUCUUAUGAAGAUGUAGGGAAUAAAAAGGAAGAAAGUUCCCCGAAUACUCGGAUUACUCGGAUUAUUUAGCUAGUGCAGCAUUGGAUAUGAAAUCAUGUAUAAAGACCCCGCUUGAUAGAGUACCAGACAUAUUAC